UGUCUUGCAUGGGCCGAGUGAGACGCAGGCCCUUGUCCUGGUUCGGGGAGACGAACACGUCGGCUAUAAGUAUGCAGCCAGUCCCAGUGGUCAUAGAAGGGAAGCCCAGGCUUUUGCCCCAGACCCAUUGGCGUUUCAACAAAGCUCUCCGACUUUAAGUGUCCGUCACGGAGGUCCCCAGCAAGUGUGAUCCCGCAGUGCGACCUCUGACACCAUGAAGUUCUCCUUCGCUGUCUGUGCCUCGCUCCUCGCGGCCACUGCCAAGGCUGCUGCCGACAACGCGAGCUGUGUCCCGGUCUACAAGAAUCCCGAUGCUGCGAUUGAUGACCGUGUGGCCGACUUGCUCAAGCGCAUGACCAUCGAGGAAAAGACGGCCCAAUUGCUGCAGGGCGACAUUCGCGACUUCCUGGACAUCGACGAUGGCACCUACAACGAGACCGCCAUGGCUUGGCUCGCCGAGAACCGCGCCAAUUCCGUCUGGACUGGCCUCUACAUGACCAAAGCCAUGGUCAGCCGCGGCGCCAGGCUUGCCCAGGACUAUCUCGUCAACAAGACCCGUCUUGGUAUUCCCGCCUUCAUCCAGAGUGAGGGUAUUCAUGGCUUUCUCGCCCUCAAUGCCACCAUCUUCAACUCGCCCAUUGCCCAUGGCUGCUCCUUCAACCCCGAGCUGGUCGAGAAGAUGGCCCAGGUCAUCGGCAUCGAGUCCCGUGCUUUGGGCGUCAACCAGAUCUUUGCCCCCGUCGUGGAUCUAGCUCGCGAGUUGCGCUUCGGACGAGUCGAAGAGUGCUACACCGAGGACCCUUAUCUGGCUGGAGAAAUGGGCCACGCAUACGUCAAGGGCCUGCAGAGCGAGAAAGUGUGCGCCAUGGUCAAGCACUUUGCCGCCUUCGCUACCCCUGAACAGGGCGUCAACACCGCCCCCGUCCAUGGCGGCGAGCGAAUGCUUCGUACCACCUACCUGCCAGCCUUUAAGCGCGCCAUCCUGGAUGCUGAUGCGUGGAGCGUCAUGGGUUCUUAUAACUCUUAUGAUGGCAUUCCUGUUGUCUCCGACCACCAUAUCCAGGAGGAAAUCCUGCGCGGCGAAUGGGGCUAUGAGUACUACAUCAUCUCCGAUGCUGGCGGCACCGCCCGUCUUGCCACCGACUUUGGCGUCUGCUCUGUGGAGCCGUUCGAUCACGAGUGUGUCACUACUAUGACCCUCCCGGCCGGAAACGACGUCGAAAUGGGUGGCGGCCGGUACAGCUUCGAGAAGAUCCCCGAGCUGAUUGAGGCGGGCAAGAUUGACCCCGAGGUCGUUGACACGGCCGUCGCCCGUGUCCUCCGCGCCAAGUUCGCCGCUGGCCUCUUCGAGAACCCCUACACCGCCGUGCCGGAUGACGAGUUCUGGGACUACAUCAACACGGACGAGCACAAGGCCCUGGCGCAGGAGAUUGACGAGGAAAGCAUCGUCCUGCUCGAGAACCAUGAGAAUGCCUUGCCCAUCUCUAAGAAUGCUCACGUCGCCGUCAUUGGACCCAUGGCCCACGGCUAUGUCAACUAUGGCGAUUAUGUCAUCCACACCUCAAUGACGCGAGGCGUUACCCCUUAUGAGGGCAUCCGGGAUGCCAGCGAGGGCACCGUUACUUUUGCCCAGGGAGGCGAGCGCUGGUCCAACGACGAAGACGGCUUCCCCGAGGCCAUCGCCGCUGCCGAGGCUGCUGACGUUGCAGUUGUGGUCGUCGGCACAUGGUCCCGCGAUCAGAACGAACUAUGGAUGGGCCUCAACGCCACGACUGGUGAGCACAUUGACGGGCACGAUCUCAAGCUCGUCGGCAUGAUGCCCCGCCUGGUGAAGGCCAUUAUCGAGACCGGAACACCGACCGUCGUCGUUUACAGCUCUGGAAAGCCCAUCACCGAGCCCUGGAUCUCUGAGGAAGCCGCUGCUCUGGUGCAGAUGUUCUACCAGGGCGAGGAGGGAGGUCAUGCCCUCGCCAACAUCCUUUUCGGCGACGUGAAUCCGUCCGGUAAGCUUUCCGUGGCCUUCCCGUGGGAUAUCGGCACGGCUCCUGCCUACUAUGACCACCUUAAGUCGGCUCGCCGCUGGCCCAAUCCUGGUCGCAUCCACCCGAACGGCACCCUCGAGUUUGGUAACAACUACGUCUUCAACAGCCCCCUGCCGAUGUACGAGUUCGGCUACGGCUUGUCGUACAGCAACUUCAAAUACUCCGACCUGACCCUGUCCUCCACUACCGCCUCGGCCUCGGACGUCAUCACCGUGUCGGUGGACAUAGAGAACGCCUCGGAUCUCGACGGCAAGGAGGUUGUCCAGGUUUACGUCAGGGACGUGAUUGCGUCAGUUGACGUCCCCGACAUCAAGCUGAAGGGCUUCAACAAGGUGCUUGUCCCCGCCGGCGAGACCGUCACCGUCGACAUCGAGCUUGACGUGUCCGAGUGGGGUCUUUGGGACAGGAAGAUACAGUACGUGGUCGAGCCCGGCGACUUCCAGAUUUUGGUCGGCAGCUCGAGCGCAGACAUCCGUGCCAACGCCACCGUCACUGUUGUUUGAUUGGUGCCAAUUUCGAGCGGCGACGAUGGGAAGGGGGAGGGGAAGGAAGGGGGUUGUAUAUCGCAAUGUAGCGUGUAAUAUCUGGAUAGACAUACCCUCAUCGGCG